UAUAGUACAAAUGAGACUGUAAAGGUAUGCAUUCUGACGAGGCACAGUGAUGGGAGUGGGCGGAGCCCAGGUGUGCACAGGUGUAUAUAUACAGGAUGGGAAACUCUAGUAUUUACACUCACUGCACCUGCAAUCCUUCCCUACCUGGAGUGAAGGUGAGUUGGCUCUGCAGCAUUUCAAUCUCUGCUACUUAGGAUUGGGUUACAUGAAACUAACCAAGUAACCAUUUCAAGGGAAAAGGAAUUUUUGACAGAGAAAGGUUAUACAAAGAGAUCAUUGUAUCUUUUUAGUUCAUUUUACUAAUCUAUUAUAUUUUCCUUUUUUUUUUUUUUUUUUAAAUCUACUAGCUCUAUGUUAUGUAUUUGGGCAAAAAACAAUAGUGCCAUGCUGUCAUGAUGAAUUAGCUACUGUUUAGGUAUUACUUGAUGGUUCUAUUUUCCUUUGAUCUGUUUACUUGCAGUUUUUCUGGCACAAUUAUGUUUUAAAUGCAAGCAAAUACUUGUGGCGUAUAAGAUUUUAUGUUUUUUAUUUGCGCUCAAUUGUGACAAUGCAUGAAAUAUGUUUAAAUAUUGUACUCGUUUAUACAGAUAUUAAAGGGAGGAAUGUGGGUUCAUUUUGAAAAGUUGUUGUAGUGUGCAGUGAUAAACGUAUAACGUUUGCAGCUCUCAAUACUGGUAUACAGUUUCUGUUUAGAAAUAGCCAACAAGGAAAUGUGCAGAAAUAGUCCUGAUUUAGAUCAAUGGUUUUAAUAAGUAACUAGCACUGAGGCCUAUCCCUGUUAACGUAUACAGGCAUUUGUGAUCUAUUUAUGGAAAUUAGAAUUUACCCUGUCUAGGGAAUAGAAUUUUCAAUCAGAGUACAUAUUAUGCAAAAAAAGAAAAACUGAUAUAAAAGUAAAAAUGUCUUUGCUGCAACGCCACAUGAUCUGUGUCUUCUGCAGCGAGUGCUCACCAGACUAGGUAGUGGCUAAAAUCUCACUAACUUAAUUCUGAGACUGCCCCAGCUUUUUGUGAGUGCUUUGUGCAUAUUUAUAAAGGUAUUUUGUGAAGGGGUUUAUGGGAUAUGUAGUUCAGCUAUCAGCUUUUAGUAGAACUCUGUAGCGACCAUGGAAGAUCCAUGCAGUGGGGGAGAAGAAAACAGUAAAGGUGGGGAGAAGGGAUAUUUUAAUUGUUAUUGAAAUUUGAUUUCAAUUUUAAUAAAUUAAGUUUAUUUAAAAAUCACAGGUAAAUUAUUUGAAUUACAGCUGAAAGUAAUUUGAAAUCAAUGCUGUAUUAUUUUGAGAUGUUAUCUUGAUGUCCCUUAUAUAAAAAAUAGAUAUUUGCCAUGCAAAUAACUUUGGAUCUUAUGCAUGUUUGCAUCUCUUUUGCAAUCAAGUAACAAAUUAUUAAUUCAAUAUAAUGGCCUGAAUGUGUAACUUUGCAUUAGUACAAAUACUGGUUAAAUAUUGGUGGGAGAGAUUUCUCCUUUGCAUGUCUAAGUUGCAUACAUCCAGAGCAGGGGUGCCCAAAAGGGAGAUCCCUAACUUUUGUUUAACCCCUUAAGGACACAUGACAUGUGUGACAUGUCAUGAUUCCCUUUUAUUCCAGAAGUUUGGUCCUUAUGGGGUUAAACUACAACUUACAUGUCUCAUGGAGGCUGUAGUUGGUCCACCUUUUGACCGCACCUGAUCUACAUGUUCUUGUGGAUAUAUGGCUAGGGUAUGUAUGUAACUUGCAAUUACGGACUCACAUCCUCGAUAAUAUCCAGGAUCAGAAAUCAAGAUAGUAAAUGUGUUAAUUCUUUCAGAUCUUAUCAUGGAGAAAAUUCUGAAGUCAGUGUUUGUUCUCCUGGUGGCUACCUCCUUCACUCUAGCCAAGGACGAGAAAGCUACAGCCAAACCGCAAACCCUCUCUAGAGGUAAGUCCUUACACUAAUUGUCAUUUUCUGAUACUAAAUAUUCUUGUGUGUUACCCUGAGUGCUCUAAACUGAGAUGGAAGCAUGACCCAAGGUAACAUGAACUAACCAUUGUAUGUUCUUGGCCGCACAAGCUAGCUUUCGCUCUCUACUGCUACUUGCACAAACUAUCUCAACCCCUAUAUUUUCUUUCUGGAUAAACUAUUUCCUGCUCUCUUCUACAACGUUCUUUUCUCUACUACCAACAUGCAAGACCUAAUUCUUUCUGCUACUACCUCAGUGAAUAAGCUACAUUCCACACCUUUUUCAAGCUAUAUAAAAACGAUGUCCUACAGUCUGAAGCCUAUGUGCAUCAGCUCCUUUGUAUUCAAGUGGUUCUGUGUGUGAACUACAUAAUACAUUCUUUGUUUUUUGUUUUUUUAUUUUACUUUUUUUCUCUCACUGUCUCACAAAUAUAGUUACGUCAAGUUAUGCCACCACUCCCUACUUCAUUUACUAGAAACAGAAAACGUGCUGUUUUCCAUUCUGAUCCCUGCUGAAAGUAUGCAUAAACUAACACAUACCAGCUUCUAACUAGGGAUGUGAGCCCCAUUCUACCCUCUGUUAGCUAUGUUUUUUUUAUCUGUGUACUAUCUUCAUACAUGAUCUACUUCCUUAUUCCUACCCUUUACUGUAAAUGUAAAUUAGCUCCCUACGGUAUGACCUACCCUUUAUCCCAGGUCUAGCUUUACUACUAUUACCACAAUUACUUUGCAUACUGUAUUCUGGAUAGACGCAGGCCUUGGCGCCUAUAUUAAUUUGUGGGUGCCGAAAGGACUGAGACAGAAGCACCAUUUUCCACCUACCCACAGAAAUAUUUUGAAAACAUAUUAAAGAAGCUUAAAAAAAUGCCCAAUAUCAUCAUUAGUAUAUUAUUAUUAUAGAGAACAAGCAUGUUCUGCAGCAUUGAGCAAUGGGUGGACAAUGUUGUCCCAUAUUUAGGAGAGGGCCUUAGAUGCUCUGGAAUUCUCAUGGGUUUUUUCCUUUUCUUUUUAAAUCAAUGGCUACAGUUGACAAAAAGCAUAGUUACUUCAUACGUAUUCCUUGCACCGUAGCCUCUACCAUUAGCUGUAGUAAUUACAGUUCUUAGAGUGAAGUUGUAAUUUUAUUUUUAAUAACUGCACUCUGUUGCAUUCAUACACCCUUCUUUAAAAGGAAGCUGGGUGAGUUCAACUCCAGGGUGACCUCCUAAGGCAUGCCACAGUUUGCAAUGUGUAGAAACCUGUCAACACCUGAUUGUUAAAUAAUUUACUUUGGCUUUCUUCUUGCAGGGUGGGGUGAUAGCCUUGACUGGGUGCAGACAUACGAAGAGGCCUUGUAUAAAGCCAAGUCCGGGUAAGUAGACAAUGCAUUCCAGUAAUAACUAUACACUACCACAUAUCUAUUGAACCAAUGGCGCCAUCUUCUGUACUUUUUUGAGAUGACAGUCUUCAAAAGGUUGACCUCAUACACAGAGAUGGAAGUGGUUAAAAAAAUAAAAUUAAAAACAAAAAAAACAUGCAAAAUAGAUUUAGGUAUAGCUCCUUUGUGUUCAGCAAUCUAAAUGUAUAGGAAACCUUGUUACUAAAAUAAAACACAUGGGUUUUCUACUGACAAGCACUCAUUUAAAUAUUAUUUCCUUAGCAUAGUACCUUUAAACUCACAGUACCUUACUUUAGCAUUCUAGCAAAUUAGAAGAGGUAGCACAAAUUGUUAGCACAAUUAUAUAUUUUUAAAUUAGAAAAGCAAUACACUCACAGCUAAUUUUCUGUACACCGAGUACCCAUAUAGUAUAAAAUUAUUAGUAUGGGGAGAGCACUCAAAUAAAAGGUUCGUAAAGAAUUCAAAUUCAACAUAUCUGUACUGUAUUUAUUAAGACAAUAAGCCAACACAUAUUAUACAAAGACGUUCUAAAUUGAAAUGAGCAAUAAUAAGCUGUAUAUUUUAAUUUCCAGAAAUAAACCAUUGAUGGUUAUCAAUCACAGAGAGGACUGCCCCCAUUCUCAAGGUAAGAGACUUUCCUUGUCUUGGAUAAGAGAAAAUAGUUAGCCAUGUCCUGAAAUGUUAUAUGGCUAAUAUAAUCAUAUGCACUUACUUAAAAUAAAAUAUUAAUGUUGAAAAGGAAUUAAUAUGCUUUUACCUAUAUAGAAAGAAAUAUAUACAUUUCACAGCCAUAAAACAAUGUUUAAACUACAAAAGUGUAUGGAUACUAUAUUAAGACAUUAAAGGACCACUUUAGAUACCCAGACCACUUAAUCUAAAUGAAGUGGUCUGGGUGCAGUGGCCCUUUGGUUUUAACCCUGCAAAGCAAUACAUUGUAGGUUUGUAGAAACUGUAAUGCUUCCAUUACAGGUUUAAACACACCUCUAGUGGCCGUCAUACUGAUAGCCACUAGAGGCUCAUAGAGAGCAUUUUAUUGGCUCGGAGGGCAAUUUGCUGUGCAUUCACAUUAGCUUCCAGUGCGUCCCUAUGGAGAAGUAUUGGAUUGGUUAAGAUCAUUAAUCUUAUAGAUCUCAGCCAAGGAGUUGAAGCGGCUGUGGAGAGGAAAGAAAAGUGAAUAAAACUCCCUUUUAAAAUGCUUGACGGAGUGUGUGUUGUAUAAGGGGGGUGGGGGGUGGGGGGGAGACACCCCUAACCAGGUAGGAGAACACUAUUGUGUUUUAAAUAUAUGUUUGCAUUCCUAAUGCUGUAGUCUUCCUUUAAUUUCUGUGAUAUUUAUUAAUAGAAGCUUUGUAAGCAAACAUAUUUUAAUUUGUAAUAAUAUAUAAUGUUGUAAGCCUAUUGCAAACUGACCAUUAACUCUAUCUUACAGCUCUGAAGAAAGCAUUUGCUGAACAUAAAGGCAUUCAGAAACUUGCUGAACUUUUCGUGCUCCUUAAUGUCAUUGUGAGUAUCUAUACUAAGAGUCGCAUUUAGAAUCAUGGAAUAAACUGAUGGUUAGGAGAUCUUAUUUAUGUUUUCUCCUCUUUCUCUUCCUGUCCUUUGAAAUCUGACUACUUCAUGUUAGAACUUUCUAGGCACGUUAAAUCCUCCUUAACAUUAAGUCCCGGCUUCAAAUGCCAUCUAAUCCUAAAUACCUCCUAACCACCCCUAUCUCUAAUUAUAAUGACUACUAGACCAACCCAUAUUCUAAACCCCAUGAGACCAAGAAGGAUAUCCAAUCUUAAAUAUACCUAACCCUAACAUUAUAUUAUUGCCAUUUUUUUGUAUCAAUUAAUACAUAGAAAAGUUAGAACGUUAAGAAUAAUUUAAUUACAUAAUGUAUAUACAUUUUAUUAUGCAAAGUAAUGCAAAAUUAAACCAAUCCUGUGUAUACACACAUUAUGUAAAUAUAUUUAUCAUACAACAUUUGUACAUUUCACUUAACUACAUUUUUUUAUUUCAUUUUAGUAUGAUCCUACAGACAAGAAUCUGUUACUCGAUGGCCAGUAUGUUCCAAAGGUCGUUUUUAUUGGUAAGUGAUAUUAAAGCCUAGCCAGUAGGUCUGAAAUUAGUGGUUUUAGGUACAGGAGAAGCACCCAAAGCUUUCUAUGGGGUCAAUGUUUAAAUAAAGAUACACGAGCUAACAAUUUAAUUACAUACAUCUAUUGAAAACAGUGUCAGUGAAUCGUCACUUUCUGUUAAUUCUGAAUAUUUCUUUAAACAGAUCCUUCCCUUGUUGUAAGAGCAGAUCUCCCUGGCAAAUAUUCAAACCAUCGCUACACUUAUGAGCCAACCGAUAUUGAUCUAUGUAAGUAAUGCAUAUCAUCCAGUGUACAUAUCAGGUUAUUGAAAACAUAAACAAGGACAGGACCAGCACUACUAACAUAUUCAAUAUGUAACUAGUUGUUCAUUAUUUAAGAUUCCACGUUCUGUGUUUGCUGCUAUCAAUGUGUCUUUCUUAGUCAAAUAACUUUAUUUAUUGUAAUUACUGGCACAAAAAGAUAAACCAUUUCACAGGAAGCAACAAAAAAAUAUCACGCGGUCAAUAACAGGCGACAUUUCAUUUAACCAAUAAAAUGACACAAUUGUUUUCUGAUGAAUUGCAGCACUAUCUGAAUUGCAUUUUCUUAAGGACCAAACUUCUGGAAUAAAAGGGAAUCAUGACAUGUCACACAUGUCAUGUGUCCUUAAGGGGUUAAACAUGACUGACUAUACUACACCUAGAUAACAGAUUCUCGGAACUAGCAAUCAAGUGCUUAGGGUUCUGAAUAUUCCUCCAGUUUAAAUCAAAUAGGCAAAUCACCUUCUACUCGAGGGCACAAAGUGAUUUAAAAAAAAAUAAAGAUGUUAAACACAAGACAGGCAAAUUUAGGAAGGCAUUGUGUUGGCAGAAGCAUUGAAUAAAAGUCACUUGCUAUCUUCAGAUUGCCAGAUAUGUUCACUGAUUUUAAUUAUUUUUAAUAAUAUAAAACUGGGGUAAUCCCCAAAGCAAUGACAUUUAGUAACAAAAUAUUUCUAUCAUCCUGAAGUGAUACGGCAUAAUUUGACUUGUAUGCACAAUUUGUGGAUUCCAUAACAGAAUGGCCGUGUAAUUCUUAUUAAGAUAACCCAGUCAAGGCUAAAGAAUGAUUUUUCUUUAUACCAUGCUAUGUAUUAAUCCAAAAUAAGGCUUGGUGUUUGUUUUACAUAUUUAUUUGACUGUUUGUUUCUUAAUUUCUUUUUUAGUAUAUGAAAACAUGAAGAAAGCUCAGAAACUCCUCAAGACAGAAUUGUAGAAGGGAUUUGUUUUUAUUUUUUAGCAUAACUAAAUACUAAUAUUGUCAAUCUGUGUGGUCUUAAAUUAACAUUAUUCCAAAUGUACGGUCUAUGACGAGAAAUCAUUUUAUAUUUUCCACUUGUAAUGGAGACACGAAAACAUCUGUGCUCUUAUUUUUUUAAAGAAAUAAAUAUGAUAGUGGUUGCUUAUUUAUAAAUUUGGGCUGUGUGAUUUUUAUUGAUACAUUUUUAAGAGUAUUCAUACAUAUGGUAAAUAGAUAGGAA